AUGAUUUCUGGGGCCCCAGGGAACCUGUUUGCUCAUUACAGCAUAGGUGGCAGGGUCUGGGGAAGGGGCGGCAGGCGCCAUGUUGGGCCCGACGGUGGCAAGAAGAAGCCCCUGAAGCAGCCCAAGAAGCAAGCCAAGAAGAUGGAUGAGGAAGAUAAGGCAUUCAAGCAGAAGCAGAAGGAGGAGCAGAAGAAACUCGAGGAGCUAAAAGCAAAGGCCGCGGGGAAAGGCCCCCUGGCCACUGGUGGAAUUAAGAAAUCUGGCAAAAAGUAA